AUGGAGGGUCAAAACGACAAUGCAGCUCCACCGCGAGAUGACGCUGACGAGACCCAUCAUAUACUUCGGGUAGAGGGCCAAGAAGGGUUGCCGACGUACGAACAAUCGAUUGAUGUUGUUCCUCCGGCUGAAGGAGGGGAACAAGAGGAGAAUAAUUCUACGGCUAGGUUUGGUAGAUGGAGGGGAUGGGUUGAAAAAAGAGCUUUGGAACGUUAUCCAACUGGUAAUGAUCCCAACUCACGUCGUCAAGCCCGUCAAGCUCUUCAAGCUCAAUCAUCAUCCCCAUCCCAUCCUCCUCCUUCUUAUCUCCCUCCCACACACAUUCCUUCCACACGUAUCUCAAAACCACACACACCUCUCCCACCCACCGACCUUUGUAUACUCCCCGUACCGGAUGAACCACACUCCACUUCUCCUCCUACCUGUUCACUCACCCUAUUCGACGGUGAUCUUAUUCUGCUCGGUACGGCCGAAGGUCUCAAAUGCCUGAAUUCUCAAGGAGCACGACACGUAUGGACCGGUUUACCAGUAUGGGACAUUCGUAUCCUUUCUGUCUUCUUUACGGAAGAAGGACAAACUCCAAGAGGUACAGUAGCGGUAUUUUGCGGUGGUGACGGUAAGAAAGGAGGUGAAGUAAGGGUAUGGAAAUUAGAGUCAUUAGCAAGUUUAGGAAGAUGGAGCGCUAUGCAGGAUUUAUCACAUGGAGGAGUAGAUCUGAGUGUAUCGGGUGGAAAGGGGAAAGGGAAGAUUAGAUCACAUGGGAAUGAAGAGAUGAGGGAUAUGGGGAUUGCGGAAGCUUGGGCAGGAGAUUUUGUGGUUUUGUCAGUGAAAGAUGUUUUGUGUAUGACCACAGGGAGUUCCAAGUCCAUGAUCGUCACUCCGCAGGUUGGCCCCUUCAACAACAACGACCCUAAUCACAACGGCGUCAAUGGUGGUGGCGGUUUUGGUGAUAGAAGUGGAGUAUCUUCAGUCCGAUCGGUAGGAAGUGGCGUAGGACCAAAUGGGACGAGUGGAACGAUAGGAGGGGAAAUAACGAACAACAUCACAAGAAGCAACGAGGAAUCAGACGAAACACCUAUUAUCAUAGCAAUAGGGACCAAAGAUCUUGUUUUUCUCUUCCUCGGUCAUUCAUCCCUUUCAUCACCUAUCCAAUUUAAAACCAAAAAAUCAUUCUAUCUCCCUUCCUCACCUCAUCAUCUCAGUCUUCUAACCCUCUCUACACCUUUAAUAAUCGACCAUGAACUCGAUAGUGAAGAUCUCAGUCUCGGCAUAUUCGUAAGCUUUGGUUCUAAAGCUUGUUUGAUAAAAGUAGUGGAUAGUACAGUUACCGACUUGGAUCUUGGUAAGAAAGGUAAAGAAUGGGGUCCCGUACGAUGGAUCGGAAUGAGGGAUGAAGGAGAAGUCGGAGUGUUCACUAGGGGUAAUGAAAGUUUUGUCUUUUUGUCUCCUACAAGAAACCCUUUUUCAGCAGGUGGGAACGUUCCUCUAGCAAGGGCUGAAUGGCACGAACAACCCAUUAGUAUUUGCGUUAGGGAAACGGAGUCGAGUUCACGAGAAAGGAAUGAAGAGAUUGAAAGAUUUGGAAUGGAGGGAAAUGAAGUCGGAGAUGGAGAUGGAGGAAGAGAGAGAGGAAGGAUGUUGAGGAUCACAGCGACGAGUUCUGGGAUAAUACACACACAUAAAAUCGACCUUUUUUCAGAAGAAUAUAAAGGUAGUUCGGUCCCUGCCGCGUUGGGUACACAAGCUAGAUUACUCAGUAAUGGUUGGGAAGGACUGAGGGCGGUUAAGACUGAAAUGGAUGAAGGAAUGGUGGCGAUCGUCAAGAAAGCUCCGGGGGAUUGGAGGGUCGUGAGGUUGGAGACGAUGGGAAAGAUGGGAUGA